CGCACCGUAACAGAAUAGUAAUAAGGAGAGAAAAAGAUGCUGUUUAAGUUUUAAGCAAAUUCUGAAAUUUCAGCAUUUAUGAGUGGAUUACAGGAUAUGGACUUGACAAUGAACCUCACCAGUGAAUAAUUAGUUAUGGUGCAUCCUUUAUCUGACUUCAUCGAUUUCUGAAAAUGAAGAAAAUGUUCAAGAGUUGAAAAGCACUUAUGUUCCAAGGCACACAAUGUCCGAGCAUGAGGAUCUGAGCAAAGCCAUGGGCCACUGGAACGCCUCGGAAAGCUACCAGCUGAAUGCGGCUAGCGUGAUUGUAUCCGUAGUGUUCUCACUCAUCUUCUUGCUGGGCACGGUGGGCAACAGCCUGGUGCUUGCUGUGCUUCUGCGCAGUGGCCAGCUCAGUUACAACACCACCAACCUGUUCAUCCUCAAUCUCAGCGUGGCCGACUUCUUCUUCAUCAUAUUCUGCGUGCCUUUCCAGGCCACCAUCUACUCACUGGAGGGCUGGGUAUUUGGCUCCUUCAUGUGCAAAGUGGUGCACUUCUUCAUCAACCUCACCAUGUAUGCUAGCAGCUUCACCCUUGCUGCUGUCUCUGUGGAUAGAUAUUUGGCCAUUCGUUACCCACUACGCUCCAGAGAAUUACGAACGCCCUGUAAUGCGGUUGUUGCCAUGGUGAUCAUUUGGGGUCUGUCUCUUGUCUUUGCCGGCCCUUACUUAAGCUAUUAUGAUUUGAUUGAUUUUGAAAACAGCAACGUGUGUGUUCCGGGUUGGGAGGAACACAACCGCAAAGUGCUGGAUACCUGCACCUUCGUGUUUGGCUAUGUCAUCCCUGUACUCAUCGUCAGCCUGUCUUACACGCGCACCAUCAAGUAUCUCUGGACAGCCGUCGACCCGCUGGAUGGCAUGUCCGAAUCGAAGCGAGCCAAGCGCAAAGUCACCAAGAUGAUCAUAAUUGUCACAGUGCUGUUUUGCAUUUGCUGGCUGCCCUACCACGUGGUCAUCCUGUGCUAUUUGUACGGAGAUUUCCCCUUCAAUCAGACCACGUACGCUUUCAGGCUGCUCUCACACUGCAUGGCCUAUGCCAACUCCUGCCUUAAUCCCAUUGUCUAUGCGCUGGUGUCCAAGCAUUUCCGCAAGGGCUUUAAGAAGGUGUUCAGCUGCAUUCUCAGCAAGAAGGGCCGCAAUAAGGUGCACGUGGUCCAACUGGCUAACACUGUGCCUGGCUUUGAAGCUGCCUCCACCGAGGUAUCACACAUGAACGAGGAGAACGGCAGACCGAAUGAGCGUGAGAUGGCUGAUCGCCCCCUCACAGAGUCACAGGAUGCUACCAUGAACAUAACAUUACCUUGCCAGAAGCAACCAUGAACAGUGGAAAGUAGCAAUGGUCAAAAGGGCAAAGAAAUAACAUUACAAUAAUUUCCAUGCUACAUAUUGUAUUUUGUUUUUGUUUUGUUUUGUUUUUUACUCACUGCAAAAUAAUUUGGAAUAGCUUCAAGGCACUAGCUAAGAACUGUUUUUUAUUCAACUCUUGCAAAAAGAUAUGGCAUAAGAGAAAACUAUGUUAACUAUGUUAUUUUGGGCAUUUAAUUUAAUUUAGUGACACCAGGUGUUGUUGGUUUCAUUUCAUCAAGAUUUACUAUUAAUUGCAAAAUACGUUCAUUAUGAUGGCUAACUGCUGGUGCUAUACAGUACAAGCCUUACUGAGUUGUGAAUCUAACGUACCACUGCCACUGGACAUACUGUAACCCAUUUAACACUGACUCCUAAACUGCUUCAGUAGUAAUAAAAUAAUUUAAAAAAAAAAGCGCACUAUAUUUUUCGCUACAAUAAAUAAUUUAUUUUAGCAUUUCUUUUCUGCUAAGUAUUAAAAUGUCUCCUAGAUGGAAAUAUCUAUUUUUAAUGGCUUUUUGAACAUGUACAUGUAACGUAUAAUGCGUCUGUAAUGAUGAAAUGAUCCUGUGAUAAAACUGCAGCCGAUUACUAAGUAAUGCACAAAGAUAAAAUUUUAAGAACUCUGUAAUCAUAUGAAAUAAUAUUGAUUCCUCUCAAGCUUACUGCAUUUGACACUAGUGAUUGUCUGUCUUUCUUCUGCUUGCUCGUGAUCUUCUUACAAAACUACAUUAAUAAUCGACAAGUGCAAUUCCCAUCCUAUAUUUCACUUCUCCAGUGUUUACUAACG